AUUGAAUUAGUAUAGUAGACAGAUAUUAAUAUAUCCCUAUAAUAUAUACCAAUAUAAGAAUGUCUAGAGAAGAUCCUAUUAAAGCCGAGAAAGAUUUCUCUGCCACAUUAGAUGAACAAUUCCCCCUCAUUGAGAAAUUGCCCGACUAUAAAUCAGCCAUUGAUAAAUAUUUAGUACUUGAGAAACAAACUCGACAAUCAUCAGAUUUAGCUUCAUCAAAAAGAGUACUUAUUAGAAUAGUUGAAACAUUAGUUAAGAGUGAAGAUUGGGAUUAUUUAAAUGAAUUAAUUGUGUUAUUAUCUAAAAAGCAUGGACAAUUAAAAUCUUCAAUUCAAGUAUUAGUUAAAACAGUAAUUGAUAAUUUAGGUGCAUUAAAUGAAAGUCAUAAACGAGAAUUAGAUUUAAAAAUUAAAUUAAUUGAAACUAUUAGAACUGUUACUGAUAAAAAAAUCUUUGUAGAAGUUGAAAGAGCCAUUGUAUCAAAGAAUUUAGCUGAAAUUUAUCUUGAAAAAUUUAAUGAUUUAGAUAAAGCAGUUGAAAUAUUAUGUGAUUUACAAGUUGAAACUUAUUCAUUAAUGCCAUUUAGUGAUAAAAUUGAAUAUAUUUUACAACAAAUUGAAUUAACUUUAAAGAAGGGAGAUUAUAAUCAAGCUAAAAUUUUAAGUCGUAAAAUUCUAUUGAAAUCAUUAAAAAAUUUUGAUCAAGCUGAUAAAUUUAAAUCAAUUUAUUUGAAAUAUUUAAUAGAAAUUAAUGUAUUUGAACAUGAUUAUAUUUCAAUUGUUAAAAAUUCUUUAUUAUUAAUUGAUAUUCCUUUAAUUAAAGAUGAUGAAAUUCAAUUAAAAGAUUAUUUAAUUUCAAUUAUUUAUUAUAUCAUUUUAUCACCUUAUGAUCCUCAUCAAAAUGAUUUAAUUAAUAAAAUUAAAUUAAAUCCAAUCUUUUCUAAGAAAGUCGAUAAUAAAAUUUAUAAAUUAUUAGAAAUUUUUACUACUAAUGAAUUAAUUCAUUGGUCAAAUAUUGAAUCACUUUAUAAACCAGAUUUUCAAUCUUCAUCAAUUUUUAAAUCAGAAGUUAACUUUAAGAAUUUACAAAAGAGAAUAAUUGAACAUAAUUUAAGAAUUAUUAAUAAAUAUUAUCAAUUUAUUAAAUUAGAUAGAUUACUGUAUUUAUUACAAUUAAGUUCUGAUGAAGCUGAAUUAUAUGUUAGUGAACUUGUUAAUUCAGGAAUGAUUUCAGCAAAGAUUAAUAGACCACAAGGAAUAGUUAAAUUUGAAAAAAAUAAAGUUACAACUACUAAGAAAGAAGAAGAAACUUCAAGUAAAUCAAAUAAAUCAUCUAAUAGUGAAAUUAAUGAAUUAUUAAAUGAAUGGUGCUACGAUAUUGAUAAAUUAUUAGAAGAAGUUGAUAGCAUUGGACAUUUGAUAAAUAAAGAAGAAAUGAUGUAUGGUAUUAAACAAAAAGUGUAAAAUACCUCCCAUAAACUAUAUAGAAAUAUGCUAAAAACAUAUUAAUUAUAUAGAUACAAAGAAAGAUUAAAAAU